AUGAUGAUGUAUCCACAACAAAGCAGCUUGUUGAGUCGUCGACAGCAACAAAAUAGCUACUUGCAACAGCUUGAGUUGCCUCCCUUGUCACAGCUUUUACCCACUUCAUCUUCCUCCACGGUCCCUGUCCCUGCAAACAACACAUCCUCAUCAUCCAUUGCAGUAUCAGCAGCGGCUGCUCCAAUUGAUUCUAACUCUGUAACCUCUACCUCAACGUCACCAUCCAAUCCCAUUUUGACAACUACCACUGCUACAUCGGAGGGUGUAUCAGCCAUCGCACCUGCCACAGCAACAACAACAUCCCAACCACAAACAACCGAUGCAUCAGCAGCAAUAGCUGCAGCGGCAGCAGCUGCAUCCAAUAUGACAAGCAACCCUGUGUACUUUUAUCCACCAUUGCUGCUUCCACAACAAGCUGCAGGAGCACCCGAGUUGAUGAUGCCUGGUUUUAUGCCUGCAGCGGCACCCAAUCCUGCCAUGCCUAAUGGAACAAUGAAUCCACAAGCACCGACAACGACGAUGGGUGGUCAUUCCGAUUCAUCCGAUAAAGUCUAUUCAUUCGUGUCGAUCCCUGGCACCACCCAAAAGAAGCGUCCAAGGAGACGUUUCGAUGAAAUUGAACGUUUGUACCACUGCAACUGGCCUGGGUGUACUAAGGCUUAUGGUACUUUGAAUCAUCUUAAUGCCCAUGUGAGCAUGCAAAAACAUGGUCCUAAACGACAUCCAUCCGAAUUCAAGGAGAUGCGCAAGGAAUGGCGACGACAGAAAAAAGAGCGGGAAGCUGCAGCAAAGAAACUAAAGGAGGAAGCCAUGUUGCAAUUCCAACUUCAACAACAAGAACAAGCUAUGGCUGCCAUGACAGCAGCGGCUGCCAUGGGUACCACUUUUCCGGCCGUGUCCGCUGCAGCAACGACAAACGCAGCAGCAGCAGCAACCAUUGCUGCUACAACUACCCCAUCUACUACUACGAUCCCUCCAUCUAUUACUUAUCAUGAUCCACUCACUGGUUUUUAUUGA